GAAACUGUUUCGAACAAAACUGAUUUGCUGUUCAUCGAGUGCAUUCAGCAACAGUCGCUCUCUAGAGGACGUCUACUAUAUCUAGCUGAGUGAAAUAUUGAUCAAGGUUAUCAAGGUCGCUCUGAGGCUUCCCGAUCUCCAUAUCUCCGACUCGGAACGCAUGGAAGACGAAGUCGUAGAGGUCGAGGUAAUCAGACAGGCCGACGACUGGGGCCAGGCGUCGAACGUGAGCGCGACGACUGGCUCGAGAGCGGACGGAGGCGACUCAGCGAGCGCCCUCGGACGUGGCCCAUUCUUCAUUCACGGCGGCGACGACGACGAUCUUGGACACGCGACGAGGGCGCCGCUGUGCGGCUGCCACUACUUCUGGAGUCUCACAAUCGGCUGCCUCGCGCUGCUCACUCCGAUAGUGUUUGUGUGCGCGCCUCUAUCGCCGAGCUGGGAAGUGGCGACGGAGACGAAAUCAGAGUGUAACAACGAGUGCGGGACGUUAAUCGUCAGUUUUGGUGUUCGUCUACUCGUUUUGUUUGUCGGCGUGUGCGUCCUGUUGCUGAGAAAGCCACGCGCGACGGGCCCGUCAAUACAUCGGAUGCGGUCACUCGCAUUGCUACUCUGUGUCGUCGUCCUCGUCGCCUAUUGGCUGUUCUUCGGUCUCGUGUUGGCGGGAGAGAAGGAGCCCGACUAUAACGUCAUACUUCGAUUCGCUAACUCUCUACUCGACGCCGAGCUUUUUCUCCACUAUGUCGCCGUCAUCAUGAUCGAGAUUGGGCGCUUGCGCGCGCGAUACAACGUCAAGGUCACGCGCAACUCCGACGGCUGGUCGCGCUCGUACAACGUCGGCCGACAGAGCGUGCAGGAGACGGCCUACGACGUCGUCAACGCUUACUACCGCGACUUUCCCGACGCCCACGCAUCGAUGCUCGCCUUCGCGAGGCAGUCGUCGCCUCGCGCUUACAAAAACCACGUCUCCGGUCUCAAGUUCUACGACAUCGACGUCAUCGGAGAGGCGGACCCGACGUCGGUGAGCAUCUCGAGUCGCUCCCGACGCCCGCCGUCGAACUCCCGACGCGGCGGAAAGAGCCGACGGGUGAAUCUCGACGAGCGCGUCGCCGAGGAGUCGGAGAACGAGAAGAAAAUCGAGCGACGACGCGCACGACUGAUUGCCGCCGUCGACGAGAGUUUCAAUCUCAUCAAACCGACGAGAGCGACGGGCGGCGCGAUGAUGGGCGCCGACGAGGCGGCGGCGGCCAUCUUUCCGAGCAUGGCGCGAGCUCUACAGAAGUACUUACGCGCGACGCGGCAACAGUCGCGCCACAGUGCGGAGUCGGUCGUCAACCACUUGUCGCGCUGUCUGCGACUCGACAUGAGCUCACGCGCCUUCCUCCAGCGCUACUUCGCCGUUCCGACGACAUUAGAAAUAGAACGCGAGCGGGACCGCGAGGCCGACGGCGACGCCACGCCCCACUCGUGGCGCCUCCUCGACCAGUCAGGCGGCAGAGCAAUCUCGGGAGGUUUGGAAUUCCGACUGCAAAACGUCGAGGUGAGUCUCAUCGUCGAGAUAAGCGACCUCCCGGAGUUACGCAUCAUCAAAGGCAAAGAGUACGGGAGAGGUUUCCACCUCAAGGUCAACUCGGAAACGACAGUGUAGAGAGCAGAGUGUUU